CUUUGCCUACAGAGUAGGGUAAUGACAAGAUCAAACGGUGGGGUUUCCUGUGGCAGGUAUAUAGGAACAGUAUCAAAGGCAGGCUAACGGAAUGGGUUCUUUCCCCCUGCUCUUCAGGCAACAUAGACACUAUGGCCGAGCAACUCCUUCCUCAGGCUUUGUAUUUGAGCAAUAUGCGGAAAGCUGUGAAGAUAAGAGAGAGAACUCCAGAAGACAUUUUCAAGCCUACGAAUGGGAUCAUCCAUCAUUUUAAAACCAUGCACCGGUACACACUGGAAAUGUUCAGAACGUGCCAGUUUUGUCCCCAGUUCCGAGAGAUCAUCCACAAAGCUCUCAUCGACAGAAACACCCAGGCUUCCCUGGAAAGCCAGAAGAAGCUCAACUGGUGUCGUGAAGUCAGGAAGCUCGUGGCGCUGAAAACCAACGGUGAUGGCAACUGCCUCAUGCACGCUGCUUGUCAGUACAUGUGGGGUGUCCAGGACACAGACCUGGUCCUGAGGAAAGCCCUCUUCAGCACACUCAAGGAGACCGACACACGCAACUUCAAAUUCCGCUGGCAGCUCGAGUCUCUGAAGUCUCAGGAAUUCGUGGAAACGGGGUUGUGCUAUGAUACUCGGAACUGGAACGACGAGUGGGAGAACCUCGUCGGCAUGGCGUCCGCAGACUCCCGGGCAGCCCGCAGCGCGCUGCCCUACAGCUCCCUGGAAGAAAUCCACAUAUUCGUCCUCUGCAACGUCCUCAGGAGGCCCAUCAUUGUCAUCGCAGACAAAAUGCUGAGAAGUUUGGAAUCAGGUUCGAAUUUCGCCCCUUUGAAAGUGGGUGGAAUUUACCUGCCCCUCCACUGGCCCGCCCAGGACUGCUACAGAUUCCCCAUCGUCCUGGGCUAUGACAGCCACCACUUCGUCCCUCUGGUGACGCUGAAGGACAGCGGGCCUGAAAUCAGAGCUGUGCCCCUUGUUAACAGAGACCGAGGGAGAUUCGAAGACCUAAAAAUUCACUUUCUGACGGAUCUUGAAAAUGAGAUGAAGGAAAAGCUCUUAAAGGAGUACUUAAUGGUGAUAGAAAUUCCAGUCCAGGGCUGGGACCACGGCACCACUCAUCUGAUUAAUGCUGCAAAGUUGGAUGAAGCUAAUCUACCCAAAGAAAUAAAUCUGGUAGAUGACUACUUCGAACUUGUUCAGCAUGAGUACAAGAAAUGGCAGGAAAACAACGAGCAGGGGAGGAGAGGGGCGCAUGCACAGAACCCUCUGGAGCCCGCCACGCCCCAGCUCUCCCUCAUGGAUGUAAAAUGUGAAACACCCGGAUGUCCGUUCUUCAUGUCUGUGCACACCAAGCCUCUGUGCCACGAGUGCUCGGCACGGCGCCAAAAGAGCCCAAGCAAACUCCCAAAGCUGAACUCUAAGCCUGGCCCCGAGGGGCUCCCCGGCAUGGCGCUUGGGGGUUCUCGGGGAGAGGCCUACAGGCCCUCACCCUGGUGUCCCGAGGAGCCGGCGGGUGGACCUCACUCAGCUCCGCCGACAGCCCCCAGCCUCUUCCUGUUCAGCGAGACCACGGCCAUGAAGUGCAGGAGCCCUGGCUGCCCCUUCACGCUGAAUGUUCAGCACAACGGGUUUUGUGAGCGAUGCCACAAUGCCCGGCAGUUGAAUGCCAGCCAGACUGCAGAUGCCACCAGACAUUUAGAUCCUGGUAAGUGCCAGGCCUGCCUCCAGGACGUCACUAGGACAUUUAAUGGGAUCUGCAGUACUUGCUUCAAAAGGACUACGACAGAGUCCUCCUCCAGCCUCGGCUCCAGCGUCCCUUCUUCCUGUCACCAGAGGUCCAAGUCCGACCCCUCGCAGCUCAUGCAGAGUCUCUCCCCGCAUUCUUGUCACAGAGCCAGAAAUGACGCCCCCUCUGGCUGCCUCUCUCAGGCCGCAAGGACUGCAGGGGACAGGACUGGGACGAGCAAGUGCAGGAAAGCUGGCUGCAUGUAUUUCGGGACUCCGGAAAACAAAGGCUUCUGCACUCUGUGUUUCAUCGAAUAUAAGGAAAACAAACAUGUUGCUGCCCCGGGGAAAGCCGGCCCCACAGGCUCCCGGUUCCAGAACGCCGUUCCGUGCCUGGGCAGGGAAUGCGGCACCCUGGGAAGUACCAUGUUCGAAGGGUACUGUCAGAAGUGCUUCAUCGAAGCUCAGAACCAGAGAUUUCACGAGGCCAAGAGGACUGAAGAGCAACUGAGAUCCAGCCAGCACAGAGACCUGCCGAGAGCCACCCAGGGCACCUCGCGGCCCAAGUGCUCCCGGGCCUCCUGCAAGAACCUCCUGGCCUGCCGCAGCGAGGAGCUGUGCAUGGCGUGCCGGCACCUCAGCCAGCGCGAAGCCCCCCAAACAGCGCUGCCGGGCUCCGGCCUGCGAUCACUUCGGCAACGCCAAGUGCAGCGGCUACUGUAACGAGUGCUUCCAGUUCAAGGAGAUGUACGGCUAAGAGGAAGCAGGGCCCAGCGUGGUGCCAAUACUCCCGCCCCCCGGCAGCUCCUACACAGCAGCCUGGAGGGGUCUGUGAGCACAGGAGGGAAGAUAAGCUCUUCCUCAGGUCUGUGACACUGGGGUUGGGCCUAGGUGGCCUGAGAGCAGAGUUUCUGACUGGCGGUGCGCGAAGCCUGAGUCGGCCCAGAGCCGCUCUUCUCCUACCAAGCAGGCGGCCUGACGUCUGGGGACCCGGAAGCUGUGCGGGUCGGUGUGCCCUGCCCCCGCCAAGAGUGCCGCCCGCUCUGCUCGGAAAGUGGAAAGGACGCAGACAGGUGACUGGGGAGCCCCGGAGCCAUCCUGACAGCCUUCCGCGGAAUCUUCCAGGCACAGGGAAUCUGCAGGAAGCUCGCAAGAACUCAGGAAAAAUGGAUGUGUUCAGAAAGCAACAGGAGCUAAAGUUUCCCCGCGGCCUGUCUCCCUACCGAGCGAGGUUCUGUGGAGAAGUAGGACUGUGCACAGACCGACCCGGAGGCUGCUGACACAGGACGUGUCCCCGGAGAAAGCCGACCAGCUGCUCUUUGCCAUGUGCAUUCUUUCACAGCAAAGCUUUUAGGGGGACGGUGUCUAACUUGGGGUUAUUACUGUCCUCCUUCUAAAGAAGUCUUGAAUUAGUGUGUAUAAAAAUGUGUACAUAAAUAAUAUACCCUUAUAUUAUGUAUGAGGGUUUUUUUUUUAUUUUGAAAUGCUGCCCUAGCAGCAUUGGUAUAUAAUUCACUUUAUUUAUUGUAUUGCAAAUUUCAUUUAUUUAAGUGAAGGUGUUUUCUUCUGCCUUGUCUUUGUGAGCUAACACUUGCUUAGGGAGCGUCCUUUUUGAGUCACUGCUGCUGUCGCCCUGGGAAAGAAGGGAUGGCUUCAAGAGUGUGUUCAGCAGGGUCUCAUGCAACAGCUGGGGAAUCUCCAGAAUAAUAAGAAACUUUUCUGAUCCUACCUCUUGGGAGAGAAGAUAGGGAAGGGGCAAGGAAGGGUGGGGACAGGGAGGUGCAAAGGUAAACCUUUCGGGAUGCUUUAGUUUGCUGUGCUAAGGGACCCUGUGUCCAGUGAUGCCUCAGCCUUGGAACAAGCCCAGUAAUGGUGAGCUGAGGACGUUUCUGUCUGUCUUCGGGCCGCUCUUUCUCUGUGUGCUUUGUGGUAGUGUCACGUUUGCCCUAGGUGAGGGGAUAAAAGGGCGGACUUGGGUCUGAAAUGAAGAUCUGAGAAUACCUGCAAUCCGUAACUCUACAUAGCCUUUCCCCAGAUUAUUUGAGCUGUCUUUUCUCCUCCACUUACUUUUCUCAUUUCUUUCCAAAGAUAUUAAAUAAACUCCAGUGUUUUCAUUUAGUUCUUUCAAAAACUGUGGCUCUUGCAAAAAUUGUGUCUGCCAAUAUUUUCAUUCUCACUGUGAAGAA